AUGGCAUCUCCUUCGUCUCUCCUGGCCUUCUUCUUCCUCCUCCUCCUGCUGUCUAGCUCUAGCUCCGCUGCCUCGGCUUCCCCGGGAGAUGCGGAGCUGCUUCUCCGCUUCAAGAGGUCACUUCUGAACCCCGGCCGCGUUCUCCGCACCUGGCUUCCCGCCGGGGACCCCUGCAGGUCCUUCGCCGGCGUUUCCUGCGCCGCUUCCCGCGUCUCCGGCAUUCGGCUGGACGGCAUCCCCUUGGACGCAGACUUCAGCUCCGUCGCCUCCUCUCUGCUCUCCCUGGAGCACUUGCAGAGUCUCUCCCUGAAGCGCGCCGGCCUCGUUGGAACCCUAACGCCGCCACCGCUGGGAUCCAGAUGCGGCGGCCGGCUCGUCGAGCUCGACCUCGCCGGGAACGAUCUCCGUGGAUCCGUUACCGGAAUACCGGCGUUCUCCUCUUCCUGUUCUUCCUUGCUGCACUUGAAUCUCUCAGGGAACUCUCUGGGAUUCUCUCCCUCCGGCGACGUCGCCGGGGAGCGGCUGCGGCUCCACGUCCUCGACCUCUCCUUCAAUCGCCUCUUCAGUGGCGCCGCCCUCGAGUGGUUUCUUCUCUCCAGCGGGGGGGAUCUCCGGGAGCUCCACCUCUCUAACAGCGGCAUAACUGGAGUCGUCCCCGUCGCGGGCAACAACUGUUCCAAUCUGCGUCUUCUGGACCUCUCCUUCAACUCCCUCACCGGCAUCGCCCCCGCUGCCUUCGCCGCCUGCGAGAACUUGGCCUUCCUCAACAUCUCCGACAACGACCUCGCCGGGGAGUUCGUGGAGGAUUUCCUCGGCCCCUGCCGCAGCCUCCUGGCCGUCGACCUCUCCUGGAACAACCUCUCCGGCAUCCUCCCGGCCGGCAUCUCCGCCUGCUCCGCUUUACAGUCCCUGAACCUCGCCAACAACAACUUCUCCGGUGAGCUUCCCCUGAACAAGCUGACGGCGGCCGUCAGCGGCCUCCGGAGGAUCCAACUGUCCUUCAACAGGUUCUCCGGCGCCCUCCCGGAGACUCUCUCCGAGCUCUCUUCUUCCCUGGAGCUGCUCGAUCUGAGCUCCAACUCCCUGUCCGGGAAGAUUCCUGCGGGGCUCUGCCGCGGAGCCAACGGGCACAGCCUCCGGGAACUUUAUUUGCAGGACAACCAGUUCGCCGGCGGUAUCCCGCCGUCAAUCAGCAACUGCUCCAUGCUGGUCUCCCUCGACCUCAGCUUCAACUACAUCACCGGGGGGAUUCCCUCCUCCAUCGGAUCUCUCCCUCGUCUCCGGGAGUUGAUCAUGUGGCAGAACCUCGUGGAAGGGGAUAUCCCCGGCGAUCUGGGUCGCCUGCUUGCCCUGGAGAAGCUCAUUCUGGACAACAAUGGUCUGACGGGGGCGAUCCCCUCAGAGCUCAGAAACUGCACGAACCUCAACUGGAUCUCCCUGUCCGGCAACCGCUUUGGGGGACGGAUUCCGCCAUGGCUGGGAGAGCUCUCCAACCUGGUCAUCCUCAACGUGGGCAACAAUUCCUUCUCAGGGCCCAUACCGCCGGAGCUCGGGGACUGCAAGAGCCUGAUCUGGUUGGACCUCAACAGCAACCUUCUCAACGGGACGAUCCCACCAGCGCUGGCGAAGCAGUCGGGGAAGAUCGCCGUCGGCUUGGUCUCCGGGAAGAGGUACGUGUACCUGAAGAACGACGGCAGCAGCGAGUGCCACGGCGCCGGGAGCCUCCUCGAGUUCGCCGGAAUCCGGCCGGAGCAGCUGAGCCGCUUGCCGACGCGGCGGACCUGCAACUUCACCAGGAUUUACAUGGGGAGCACCCAGUACACCUUCAACCACAACGGCUCCGUCCUCUUCCUCGACCUCUCUUACAACCAGCUGGAGGGGCAGAUCCCGCCGGAGCUAGGGGACAUGUACUACCUCGAGGUGCUCAACCUCGCUCACAACGCUCUCUCCGGUUCCAUCCCGCCGGAGCUGGGGAAGCUGAGGAACGCCGGCAGCCUCGACCUCUCCCACAAUCUCCUCGAGGGCGCCAUUCCGGUCUCCUUCUCCGGUCUCUCCAUGCUCUCCGAGAUCGACCUCUCCAACAACAGGCUCAACGGGAGCAUCCCCAACGUGGGCCAGCUGGCGACCUUCUCCGCCGGGAGAUACGCGAACAAUUCGGGGCUCUGCGGUCUCCCCCUGCCGCCCUGUUCUGGGGAUGAUUCCAGGAGAACGGCAGUCAACGGCGAGCGCCACCAGAGCUCCCGUCGGAGGCAAGCGUCCGUCGCCGGAAGCGUGGCCCUGGGGUUGCUUCUGUCUCUCCUCUGCAUCCUGGGAUUCAUUUUCUUGGCGGCGGAGAGCAAGAAACGGCGGAGGCGGCGGCGGCAGCAGGUGGCGGUGAAGAUGGACGGCGGGGCUGGGGCUCUCUCCGGCGGCGGCGACGGCGAUAAUAAUUCCGCUUGGAAGCUGACGAUCACCCAGGAAGGCCUCGCCGUGAACCUGUCCACCUUCGAGAAGGCCCUGUGGAAGCUCACCCUCGCGGACCUCGUGGAAGCCACCAAUGGCUUCCACGACGACUGCCUGGUAGGCUCCGGGGGAUUCGGCGACGUUUACAGGGCCCGUCUCAAGGACGGCGCCGUCGUCGCCGUCAAGAGGCUGAUCCACGUGAGCGGGCAGGGCGACCGGGAAUUCACGGCGGAGAUGGAGACCAUCGGGAAGGUCAGGCACCGCAAUCUCAUCCCCCUCCUCGGCUACUGCAAGGUCGGCGAGGAGCGCCUCCUCGUCUACCAGUACAUGAAGCACGGCAGCCUGGAGGACGUCCUCCACAGCACCAGAAACGACAACAACAAGAGCAGGAACAAGAACAAGAACGAGAAGGGCGGCGGCGGCGGAGGAGGAGGAGGAGGAGAAGUAGGGAUCCUUCGUCUCAACUGGGCGGCGAGGAGGAAUAUAGCCGUCGGCGCCGCCAGGGGGCUGGCCUUCCUCCACAACUGCAUCCCCCACAUCAUCCACAGGGACAUGAAAUCCAGCAACGUCCUGCUGGACGACGACCUCGAGGCCAGGGUUUCCGACUUCGGGAUGGCAAGGCUGAUGAGCGCCGUGGACACCCAUCUGAGCGUCUCCACGCUCGCCGGAACCCCCGGGUACGUGCCGCCGGAGUACUGCCACAGCUUCCGGUGCACCACCAAGGGGGACGUCUACAGCUACGGCGUGGUGCUGCUGGAGCUCCUGACGGGGCGGCGGCCGACGGACUCCUCCGACUUUGGGGACGACAACAAUCUGGUGGGGUGGGUGAAGCAGCAGGCCAAGUCCAGGGUCAGCGAGGUCUUCGACGGGGAGCUCCUCAGCGAGGACCCAGGGCUGGAGCUGGAGCUGCUGGAGCACCUCAAGGUCGCCUGCGCCUGCCUCGACGACCGGCCGGCGAGGAGGCCGACGAUGAUGCAGGUGAUGGCCAUGUUCAAGGAGAUUCAGGCAGGGUCAACGGCCGUGGGAUCCGCUGCGCUGCAGGCGGUGGCGUCCGCUGACUAG